UCCAACAGGACGUUCAAAUAGUCUAGUUAAAGAUUUAAUUGAAAAUAUGACGAAAAAAAUUCUUAUAUUUACUUCUUUUAUUUUUAUAUCUUCGGCAUGUCUAAUUACAAAUUGUCCUCGUGGCGGGAAGAGGGGAGAUAUUGAAGUUCCGGAAAGUCCUAUUAGAGAAUGCCUUCCCUGUGGACCCAGUCAACUGGGUCAGUGUUUUGGACCUAAUAUUUGUUGUGGCCCUACCUUUGGUUGUCACAUUGGUACGUCACAAACACAAAAAUGCAGAAAAGAACAGUUUGAUUCGAGUCCUUGCAUGGCGGGCUUUGCGAUGUGCAAUGGAAAUAAAGGAAGAUGUGGUGCAGGUGGAAUUUGUUGUUCCCAAGAUUCGUGUUUCAUAGACCCGAGCUGUCGAUUUUCUACUGUUGAUUCGUCAUUCCGUCGAAGCAUUGAUUCUGAUUUGAAAGCAAUUGCUAGUGAAAUUGAAAUCCUCAAAGAAGAAGCAAAGUAAUAAUCAUAUUUUACUUUGUGUCCUAUAAAUUGGAAUUAUUUAAAAUAAUGUUAUGAAAGAAAGUAACUUAAUAAAGAUGUAUCAUAUAUGAAA